GGCACUCGUGGCAGUCGAGACCAUUCGCUGCACCACCAAAAACCGGAUUCAGGUCCUGUUGGGGGUGCUGAUGAGACGAAUCUGGGCCAGAUUACAACUGUACUCCACUCGGGACUAGAUGAGAAUACCUUUUCAUCAGACAGUCGACUUGGUACAUUCUCAAAAGUUUCGCCGGCAUCAUCCGUCAGUGCUGCCAUUCUCUGCAACAAGCGACUCUUUGACGAGUUUGCAGCUCACUCGCUGAUGAUGCCGACUACGCUGCCGGCGAGACGUUUGGGAAUGUACCAAAUCCACUGUCUGAUGCUGGGAAUCAGGACAACUACUAUGGCAGACGACUUCGGACCAGCCUUAAAACGUACUCUCUCUCUCUCUCUCUCUGAAUAUGGCUCCUGUCGACAGAGGCAUGCAAGAGUUGGCAUCUGCUGCACUGCGCCCACUCUCCUCCCUCCACAUGUGGCGGUUCCUUCCGGUACAGCAGCAAUUCUGAUUGGCUCUGGCUGCACCCCCUCCCCCUCGGUUGCACUUGACCUGUACGUCGUUGAUUGUCCGGCCGCUGUCUGGUGCAGAACGGCUCUAACCGGCGUCCGGCAAUCACGGCAGUUCUGCUCGCCUGCAAAUGAUACAGUUCUCAGUCCGGCCAUCGCAAGUAUUCCAGCUCAACUUGCCCCGAUUGAAGUACAUUCGAAACAGGCUUAG